UAUGUUACCGUAGUAACUGUAAACACUGGAGCGUCAUACCAUACUAGCGACACCCGACAUCUCGCUAAAUUUGUAUUUUUCAACAGAUUGCAGACUAAAUAAUUUUGCCAGAUGGCUACAGUAGCGGCACCGUCUCAUGUGUUCGGACUCCGGGCAGGAGUGAAGAAUAAUUUGUUGUAUCUUGAUGAACAAACCAUCAUAUUUCCGUGUGGAAACAACUGUGUGCGCUAUAACAUCGAUCAGAAAUUCCAACGAUUUAUUCCAGGUACAGAGAGAAGUCAGGGCAUGCAUGCUUUGGCCAUCAGCACAAACAGGCGCUAUCUGGCUGUGUCUGAAUGUAGAGAGAAAGCCACCAUCACUGUGUUUGAUUUAGAGCAAGAGCAGAACAGAAGGAGGAAAGUGUUGACCGGAGGAGAGAUGGUGGUGGAUGAGUUUGUCUGCAUGGCCUUUUCUCCUGACUCAAAGUAUCUGAUUGGUCAGGCAGGUGGGCCAGACUGGACUCUUUUUCUCUGGAUGUGGGAAAAGAAGAAGGUCAUGGCUACUGUAAAUAUUAGCAACAAUGGGCCCAUCAACCAGGUCAGCUUCAACCCUCAGGACAACUCUAAGAUUUGUGUGAGUGGCAAAGGUGUGUUUAAGAUUUUCCACUAUGCUGGAGAAACCCUGAAACAGACCAACGCAUUUAAAACAGACUCCCACAACUUCCUGUGUCACACAUGGAUGACCACGGAGCAGGUCUUAGCCGGCACAGAGACAGGUCAACUGAUGAUGUUCGAGUCUGGCCGUCUGCGUUGGGAGAUCAAUGUGACAUCUGUGCAGAAAACUGAGAGUGAGUCAAAACAGCAGUAUUCAGAUGAACCCUUCUCUGCGCUGCCACAGGUUACAGCCAUCGUAAGUUAUUCUAAUGGAUUUGCUUGCUCCAUGGGUCAAGGAACUGUGUGUUUGUUUGAGAAAACCGAGAAGGCAGAUCUCUACAAGAAGACCAGAGUCAUAAAGAUUCCUCCAAAACGUUUUAGUAACGAUCUCAGUUUAACAGAGAAGCAGAAAAUCAGCACUCUCUGCAUCAGUCCAUCAGAAGAGACUCUGGUUGCCAGCACAGACCUUGGACAGCUCUACAGCAUCCAUCUCUCCAUAGCUGAGUUACAAAAGGGGGAGUGUGCUUAUUUUGAGUACCUGUCUCACUCAUUCCAUAAUAACAUCAUAACCGGUUUAUCCACCUGCAUUCGCAAACCACUCAUUGCCACAAGCUCCCUGGACCGCUCUGUGCGCAUAUGGAACUUCGAGACCAAUGUUUUAGAGCUGUACAAGGAAUUCCAGGAAGAAGCCUACAGUGUUGCUCUUCACCCCACUGGACUUUACAUCCUGGUGGGAUUCUCUGACAAACUUCGUCUCAUGACUCUUCUCAUGGAUGACAUCAAGAUUUUCAAGGAAUUUACCAUACGCAAUUGCCGUGAGUGUACAUUCAGUCAUGGUGGUCACUUGUUUGCUGCUGUCAAUGGAAACGUGAUCAACAUCUAUUCCACUAUCACAUUUGAGGAGAUCCUAAACCUGAAGGGACACAAUGAAAAAGUGCAGGCCGUAGCUUUCAGUUUGAAUGACAGUUGUCUUGUAUCGUGUGGCAUGGACGGGGCAGUGUAUGAGUGGAAUACUCUCAGUGGUACACGAGAGUCAGAAAGCAUCUUGAAAACCUGCAGCUACACAGGGGUGGCCAUUUCCCCUGAUGCAAAGACAUUCUUCGCUGUUGGGACAGACUGCUCUCUGAAAGAAAUCCACAACUCUCAGAUACUCAAGGAGAUGUCUUCACGUGAUGUGGUUUGCACCACGGUUGCUCUGUCUCGUUCAGGACGCACAAUCUUCAUUGGAACCUCCACUGGGACAUUGAGGGUCAUCAAAUACCCACUAAUGAUCCAGAAUGACUGGAUUGAGUACCAGGCUCACGCUGGCCCUAUCACAAAGAUGGUUAUCACUUUUGAUGACCAGUUCCUGAUAACAGUCUCAGAAGAUGGUUGUCUAUUCAUCUGGAAAAUCAUUGACAAAGAAGGACAAGGGCUGAAAAGAGAGAAAGAAUUGAUAUACUCAGAAGAGAUCCUCACCAACAAAUUGGACUUUGAUGAAAAGAGUAAAAUGCUGCUUGAACUGAAUGCAAAAGUAGAAGAGCUCCAGGAAGACAACAAGUGCCAGCUAAGCUUGAAAGAUACUGAAUACAAUAAGAAGAUCAAUGAGCUAUCUGAAAAGUGUAUGCAACAGAUAAUUUCACUAAAUGCCGAGAAGGAGGUACUGAAAAAAGAGAAAGACAACCAACAAGAAGCCCACAAUAAAGCUAUAUCAGACAUCUUAGAGAGACAUGAUAAAGAGCUUCACGACAUGGAGUCAUCCAAUAACCAGAAGCUCAUGUUGGAAUACGAGAAAUAUCAGGAGCUACAACUGAAGCUUCAUAAUGUUCAGCAGGAAUAUGAGCAGCAGCUGCACAGCAUGGAGGAGAGUAAAACCCAAGCCUUGGAGGAUAUGAUGCAGUCUUAUGAGGCUAAGAUGGAGGAGAAGAUGAUUUUGGUGAACCAGUAUCAAGAUGAAUCCCAGCAGCGGUUUAAAGAAUUUGAAGAACACAUAAGGCAGGAAGAGGAGGACACAGAUGCUGAAAUUCAUGACAUCCGCAUGAAAUAUGAGCAAAAUCUAAGAGAAGAAAAAAAGGCCCAUUCAAAGCUCAAAGUGGAAUUGGAUACCACAAAAAAACGGUUUCAUGACCUGCAGCGGGAAAUUGAAAAUGGGAAUUUGGAGAUAGAGAAGUUGAAGCAGGAAGUUCAGAGGUUGCAGGCAGUGAUCAAAUCAUUAGAAAAUGACAUCACUGGGCUUAAAACUGCAAUUCAGAACAGGGAUGGGAUCAUUCAGGACAAGGAAAAAAACAUCUUUCAGUUAAAAAAGAAGAAUGACACACUGAACAAAACACUUGAAGUGAUGGAGUUCAGGGCUGAAUAUAUGCAGGAGCAGAUUGAGCCGAAAGAAAAUGAAAUCCAACAGCAAAAGGACCAGAUGGUGGAGGUAGGAUGCAUUUUAACUCCCUGGGAUUGGCAAACGCAUAAAUGCGUUUUAGUACAUAAUGCACAAAAGGACCUUGAAAAUGUUUUAAUUGCAUUAAUAAGACAAACACAGAUUGCAAAACUGCAAAGGGUCUAUUUCUAUUUGUAUCUAUUACUAAUUACAAUAAAACAAUGUGUUUGUAAAUCACAAUUUGUAAAUCAGACAGAGAGAGUGCCUUAUCUUUCUGUGUCUUCUGUUAACUGAACUGGCAAACAUAUCAAAGAAAACAGCUAAAUCUCUGUUAACGUUUGCCUCACAGACCUGUGAGACAUACCUGAAUAAAGCCUGAAGUGUGUAAUCAAAUAUAAUGUAUUUUUGGGAACAGU